GGCCGGGCUGAGCCGAACCGAGCCGAGCUGAGACGAACCGAGCCGAACCGGGUCGGGCUGAGCCGAACCGAGCCGAGCUGAGCUGGGCCGGGCCGCCAUGGUGGCCAAGCAGCGCAUCCGCAUGGCCAACGAGAAGCACAGCAAGAACAUCACCCAGCGCGGCAACGUCGCCAAGACCUCGAGAACGGCCCCGGAGGAGAAGGCGUCGGUCGGGCCCUGGCUGCUGGCGCUGUUCAUCUUCGUGGUCUGCGGAUCAGCCAUCUUCCAGAUCAUCCAGAGCAUCCGGAUGGGCAUGUGAGGGGCCAGGGCCGGGCCAUGGCCCGCCGGCCCCGGCCGCCGCAGCACUGCCGAGGAGCGGCCGUGUCGCAUUCCAGGUCCCUUCACCAGUCAUUCCGAGUUUUCUAGCCCGUGCCACAGUGCCUUGAACAGCACCACAUGUAUAAAGCAAUAAAAAUCUGUUGUUGAUCUACAA